CGGGCUGGAUCGCUGCCACCUUCACAUCGUCCAACUGGAGACAACAAGUGGACGUGCUGCUACGCUCAGUCACGUCGUUUCAAUGGAAUCGGAAAAUUUUCGACUAAACACUUCCUCAGACAUUCGACUCUGAGAUGAGAAUGUUUGAAGACGAGCCGGGAUGAGCGCCAAGUGGUCUCGCCGAAGCAAAAUUCCUACCAGGCAGCCUACUGGCCUCUACGUCCACUCGAGCCCACCCACAGCGGUCCCGGUCCAUCCUUCGAUAGUACGUCAAUGGCUGAGGGGAGGAGAGAUAGAAAGGCUGAUGGAACUCAUCCUCCAAGGGGAAGGAGCUACCCUUGUUGGAGAAUAUUCACCCGACUCCAAAACAAGAGCCUUCAUCAACUCUCUUCCCAGGAUUUUAAGAAGGAUCGAGGAACUGCACGAGGCCGGCCUUCGUGGGCAGGUGGACGAGGUGGAUAGCGUGCUGAGCCGGGAGCCGCGAUUCCACCUGGAGCUAAGCACGGAUUCUGGAGGACUUGGUCUGCUGCACAAAGCCGUCAUUCACAACCACGUCCCUUUGCAGGAAUGGCUCAUCGAAAACUAUCCGGACACAGUUCACGUCCUCGACAAGGAGAAAAGAAAUCCGCUUCACUACGCCGGUGGCUGUGUUAAAACUUGGAACAGACUCGUCGAGGCCGCGGCUGACACGCAGGCUGUCGACUCGGAAGGCAACACGCCCGCAUUUUACAUGCUGCACCCGAGACGACUGCGCCCUCCUUUGCCGGACACCAGGGCCCAUAAACAGGAACAAGGCCUGGUGAUCAAGCCUUCCAACAUUCGAAUAUGGAUCCACGACAAGGACCUAGGACGUCUCCAGAGGGUGCUCUGGGAAGGUAUGGGGGAUCGUCUCAGGACGGAAACAAGCACCCAACCUAUGGUCAGGAGGUUUCUAAACGCUGUACCUUACAUCAUGGGAUCGAUCCGAGAGGUGCACACGGCUGCGGUCAACAACGAUUUGGAACUGCUGCUCGCGAGGUCGGCGGAACCCGUGCCGAAGGACAUCCUUAUGAGCAAAGACGCAAACGGACUCACGCCCCUGCAUAAGGCUGCAGGCUUGGGAAACAUGGAAAUCGUGCAGGAAAUACUGCGAAGAGCACCAGAGGCGGUGAAUGCCAAAGACAACAUCGGCAGGACGCCGCUUCAUUACGCCGCCGGUUUGAGAGAUAGGAACGCCAUGUACCAACAUCUCGUUGAUGCCGGGGCAAUUGACCACCUCGAAGACAAGAAAGGUAACACCCCUUCCCACUACAAAGGUAAGCCGAGCGAGCUCGAAGGGCCCCAAUACUUGUCUGUGAUACCCAACGCACCUCGGACGGCACACAUUUUUCCUCCGUCUUGGGAUUGGCGGCUCCUUACAACGAGCUCUGACGCGGAAACGGCGAGCACGGCGACUUCCCCUCAGAUCGAGACGAUCCGAAACAUAAAUGAUGAAAAAAUAACUAAAGAAGAGGAAGAAUUAGCACCAAAAAUAGACGAUGAUGAAGAGAUGGAGCAAGCAAGCGAAACACCCGAAGUGGAAUCGGAGCCUGUCCUGGAUCCUGAAACCGCACAAAGCGAGCCUGCUGAAGCUGAGGCCAUGAGACCCGAAAUGUCAGAAGACGAAGGUGUCGGGUCUGAGUUUCCAGCGUCGGCAGGGGAUACGCUGUCUCCAGAGAGUGACGUUACGAACGAAGAGGACGUCCGGGAAGAUGAGUUGUCAGGAGCCAAACUAGGGGAGACGUUCACAUUGACAAGGAGUUUAUUCGGCGGGCGGGGUCACAGGGGCGGGAAUUUAGGCGAUUACGAUAGCGGCAACGAAGACGUACAAACAGAAAGCGAAGAAACUUUCGGCGAAAAAAUCAAUCACGAUUUUGUUGAAGAUGUCGGAGAAUUGAAUGAAUCAGAUCAAAUCGGAAUUUUAGAGCUAAACGAGAGAAGGAACGAGUCAAGUUCAUCAUUGGCUUCACAAAAUAAUGAAAUAGAAGAUAUUUUUAAGAGACCGACGAGUGGACAAAGAGAAAGUAUUAGUAGGCCCAUUUCGGGUACGAAUAUAAAAAUGUCUGAUGAAGGAGAAAAUAGCAGGCCGUCAAGUAGACAAAUAGAAGGUAGUCCAAGUGAUUCUAUACGUGAGCAAAUGGGAGGAAGGUCGAACAUACCGUUAAAUGGUCAAAUGGAGGGAAGAUCCAGAAGAACUACUCGUGGAAGUAACUCAAUCAGUCUUAUAAAUGGACCAACCACUGGCCAAAUCGCUAGGACUUCUAGCAGACCAACUGGUGGACAAAUGGAAGGUAGCUCUAACGGAUCAACAAGUGGUGAAUUAGUAGAAGGAAUAUCUGGGACGCCUUUUAGAGAACGAAUGAAUAGCAGUAGACCAUCAAGUGGACAAAUAGACGAAAGAUCCAGCAUACUAAUUAGAGGGCAAAGUGAGCGUGAUUCCGAUAGAUUAGGUAGUGCGGAAGGAAGUUCCAGUGAACCAAUAAAUGGGCAAGUUGAAGAUAGCUCCAAUAUACCAAUUAGUGAGCAAAUGGAAAGCAGUACCGACAGGCCAACAAGUGGGCAAAUGGAAGGAAGCGGACCGUUUAGUGGGCGAAUGGAGAAUAGCUCCAGCAGACCAAUAAGUGGACAAAUGGAGGGAAGAUCCAGCAGACCAAUAAGUGGGCAAAUGGAGAAUAGCUCCAGCAGACCAAUAAGUGGGCAAAUGGAGGGUAGGUCGAGCAGACCAAUAAGUGGACAAUUUGAGGGUAGGUCCAGCAGACCAAUAAGUGGACAAUUGGACAGAAGAUCCAGCAGAACAGUCGAUGGGGAAAUGGAGGGAAGAUCCAGCAGACCAAUUAGUGGGAGUACAGAGGGUAGUUCUAGCAGUCCAAUAAGUGGGCAAUUUGAAAGUAAUUCCAGUAGACCAACUAGUGGGCAAAUUGGAAGAUCAAGUGGACCAAUUAAUGCACAAUUUGAAGGAACAUCCAGUAGACUAAUUAGUGGGCAAAUAAAUAGUAGCUCUAGUAGACCAGUAAGUGGACAAAUGGAUAGUAGCCUCAAUCGACCAUUUAGUGGGAUGAUGGAAGAUAGUACGAACGGAGCACCACUUGAUCAGAGGGGAAUGAAUGACACAAAUAGAGAAGGCUCCAGCCAAUCGAGAGAAACUUCCAGACCAACCUCGACAACUAUGAAUAGCGAUGAAAGCCGGCCAUCAAGCACCAUAAAUCAAAAAGAAUCUAGUGAUGUUGUAAACGACAAUGAUAAUGAUGAGUCAGAAGAUCAAGAUAGCUUAAAUCAAAAUACAGAAAUGAUAUCGCGCCAAAUUGACAAUAGCACUGAAUCAAACCCAAAUACUGAAACAGAGAGCAGGCCAUCCAUUUCAGGUCAGUCCAGCAGGCCAGGCACCGGCCCGUUUCAGGCCAAUGGUUCUAGAAGCGCUCAGGGAGAUUCUGGAAGCGAAGAAGAAGCAGAGACGCCUGAAAGAGUAUUGACCGCCGGCGGAAGCAGAGCGGAAAUUCUUGCGAUAACCCCUGCCCCACCUGAAGUCGGAGAGGAUAGCGAUACACAGAAGGCCGUUGAAGAACAAAUAUCAGAAGAGGAAAAGCAGCUUGCCGAGGAGUUGGUCAAGACUGGUGAUAUGGAAGCGAUGGCUGAAAUGGUGCUUGCAGGGCAAGGAUCGGCCCUUCUGGGCCUCACCAGCGAUAACCCGGAUGUUCAACUCUUUAUAAACAACGUCCCGCAAUACAUGGCCAAGAUCGAACGGGUGCACAAGGCCGCCAGGGAAGGAGAUCUCAGAGGCGUGCAGACUUCUCUGGAUAGACGCAAAUUCGCAGUCGCCAGGGACAACAGCACCCCACUCAAGCCGACGCCGCUUCACGUCGCCGCGUUAUUCGGACGAACGAGUGUUCUUCGCUAUUUAGCGGGGAGAUUCCCUGAGACGAUGCACGCUCAAGACUCUGCGGGUAGAUCGCCGUUACAUUACGCAGCAACUUUGCCGGACAACGGCCACUUCUACUCGCUCCUCGUCACACUCGGGGCUGAUAAGUCCCUUGCUGAUGAUGCUGGAAAAACAGCGGAGGAUUACCUUAGAAAUCGGGCUGAGUUGACGAGGGAGAGUCUACUUGCUGAAUAUCAGAACCGAACGGUGCCGGUCGACACUUCAGGACUCAACUUCAACCGAUACGCCGAUAAAGUUGCAAAUGACAACGUGUCCAGUCGGCAGGACAUCGACGACGAAUUGCUGAUGGCCCGGUUAGAGACCGCCUUCCACUUCGUCCAGACAAAAGGGAAGGGGACCUUUUUGCAGAAGCACUGCACGAAGGCCGUUUUCGAAGAGUUGAAGUACAGAUGUACGCGAUUGGACAACACCCUGAUAGACGUGAUCAGGCCGGGCGUCCGCGAUUUGGCGUUGGGAAAGGGAAAACUGAAAGACAAGCUUUUCACCGGUCUCGAAGUGCCGGAUUACGAGAGCUUCCGAGUAUUUGAAAGAAUAAUAAUGCCGGUCAUAAGGGAAUUGAACGAAAUAUCUCCAGGGGAAGAAUUGCGUGAACAGCCAGCGAGGAACUUUUGGUCGGAGCGAAAGGAGCAAUUUGAAACCAUAGACCUCGAUCCGACCGGCAAUGUAAUUAAAGGAUUCGUCGUCGAGAUGUCCAGGAACCUGUCUCCCGUCUCUUUUCCGAAAAAUCUCAAACUUUCCGACCUCGAAAAAGUCGAAGUAGCUCUUACGUCUGUGAUGACCGGCUACUACAGGCGCAACAAGGAGAGCGGCUUUAUCGAUGAAUCGGGUGAAAAUUUCGGAUCCUACUACAGUUUGAACGAGAUGGCAGAGAACAAGGAGGUCCUGCAAGACUUGGAACAAGAGUCUCUCGUCGCCGAAGGUAUAGAUGACCCAAACUCGGACAACUGGCCAUACGGUCGAGGCGUGUUCAUCAGCCCGUAUGGCGACGUAGCCGCAUGGAUCAACAUAAGAGAACACCUUAAACUUUUCACCGUCACCACACCGGAACACAGGGGUCACGCGGGACGUGCGUACAUAACCGCCGUCGACAUAAUUAGCUCGUUAGACGAAAAAGUCGAAUCCGUUAGAGACCCGGUUUUAGGAUUUUUGACCACUGACCCUCGCCUCGUCGGCAACACUCUCUGCUUCAACGUCCUUCUGAGCCUGCCGAAUUUGGCAAAAAGCAAAUCGUCGCUCAACCGGCUCUGCGUUGAGCAAGGGCUACACCUGCAGAUGACCACCAACCCUACACGGUUCAGGCUGAAAAACAAAGCUUGCCUUGGAUACUCGGAAUUCGACUGUUUUUUUAAGUUCGUAGACUCCGUUAAAAUGAUCGUUGAAGCCGAGAAGUUCUCGUCAAAAACUUCCGUAGUCCAAAUACCGAGUUUAAUCAAGAACUUUCUCGCGAAAAAAAAUAGACGAAAACUCGACAAUUGACUGUUUUGAGGAGGGUCUUAUAUAGACUUCAAAUCGAUUUCCAAGUCAACCAUUAAAUAGCAACUGUCUUUCCCUUGCAUUGCAAAACUAUUAAUCAGUAUCAUUCAAAACAAAUGUAUCUGUAACUAAGUCCUAUCGUUAUUCGUGAUAAAUUUAUAUUAAAAUUUUGAUCGAACUCUCAGAUUUUACAAAGAUUAUCUUUGUCAUUAUCCGAAACCAUUAGUAAAAGUCAUGCGAAGCUUGAAAAGCCACAUGGCUUUGCCCGAGUUGACCCCUGAGAUAUAAUCGGAGUUCAGUAAAUAUUAAAUAAUGUUCUCAAAUUUUAACUGUUGAAUCCUCUCUGAUUCAUUUCAAGAUAUAAGAGCACGAUCUCUACUUUUUCAUUCAAAAAAGUGUGCAUCUAUCAUUUAAAUUUGGGCAAGAUCAGGCAAAUUUCAAAUUGUAUAUUUUAUAUACUACAACACUUGUGCACGUUCAAGCCAGGCUGAUAAUUUAAUUUCUAUUGUCAUCAGAAAAUAAAAAGCAUGAGUGAAAGAGGAAGGCAGGCUUUCAGCAGUAACAUGUAAAAAUGUACAUAUGUUGUAUUUCAACCCUCACAUUUCAUGAAGGGAAUCUUGAUAAAGCACAAAACAAAUACAUAUAAUUUGUGGGUUGUAAUAAAACUUUUCCAUGUGGUUCUUUUUAAUAAACUAUUUAUUUUAUUUUUAUAUUAAAUAUUUUUGUACGUUUCUAUGGUUUUUAUUUAAAAGAUAUAACCAUUUUGCAUCGACAAGCCCCAUGGCCGAGAUAAAAUUCAAUACAUAACCUUCUUCCAUUUUGGCCAUACGGUUUGUCGAUGCAAAAUGGUCAUAUUUCUUUCAAAAGAAACUAUAUUUAAAUUUUUUGAAAAUAAGAUGCUGAUGAUGGGUGUAAAUUUGCGAAACUACCAAAAAUUU